ACCUGUCUUGGCCAGACAUCAAUUGCGUCUCUCUUUCUCUCUCCCACCCACACUCCCACACUCCACACACAAUCGCACAAAAGGACUUCGCAAGCAACAAAGGUAUACCCAGCAUUCCACUUCUCCAACUGCAAACAUGAGCUACUCCGGCGAUGUCUACUCCAGCAGUUCCUAUCGGAAGAUCUUCGGGGAAGCGCCCCGGAACUCCGGCCGCAUGACCGUAGGCAGCAGCCCCUCUCGCCUGUCCAGCGGAUUCCGCUCCAGCAGCGCACACCGCAACUAUGGCUCCCCAUCCAUGCUCACAUCCUCCGGCUACCGCAAGGUGGGCGCCGGGCGCAACUUCCACUCCUCCAUGUCCGACUCUAUGGACCUGAACCAGUCCACGGCCGUCACCAACGAGAUGAAAAUCAUCCGCACCAACGAGAAGGAGCAGCUCCAGGGCCUGAACGACCGCUUCGUCUCCUUCAUCGAGAAGGUCCACAACUUGGAACAGCAGAACAAGGUGCUGGAAGCCGAGGUGACCAUGCUGCGCCAGCGCCACACUGAGCCCUCCAGACUGCACGACCUGUACGAGCAAGAGAUCCGCGAGCUGAGGGCCCGCGUCGAGGAACUGACGCACGAGAAGAGCCAGAUGCACCUGGACUGCGUGCAGAUGAACGAGACGCUGGACCGCGUUAAGCAGAAGCUGGACGAGGAGACGAGGCUCCGCGAGGAGGCGGAGGGCACCCUGAUAAGCUACCGCAAGGACGUGGAUGAUGCCACGAUGUCCCGGCUCGAGCUGGAGAAGAAAGUCGAGUCGCUGCUGGAUGAGAUCGCCUUCCUCAGGAAAGUGCACGAGGAGGAGCUGCAGGAGCUGCAGGCUUCCCUGCAAGCCUCACAGGUMUCAGUGGAGAUGGACAUGAGGGAGGGUAAACCCGACCUGGCCGUGGCCCUGAAGGACAUCCGUGCCCAGUACGAGGUCCUGUCAGCCAAGAACCAGAACCAGGCGGAGGAGUGGUACCGCUCCAAGUUUGCCAGUGUGAAUGAGGCGGCCGCCCGCAACCAGGAUCAGGUUAAGCAUAGCAGGGAGGAGCUAAAUGAGUACCGCAGGCAGGUGCAGGCCCGUACCCUGGAGAUCGAGGCCCUCAGGGGCCACAAUGAGGCCCUGGAGAGGCAGAUGGCUGAGAUGGAAGACCGCCACAGCAACGAGAUGGGAGAGAUGCAGGAGACCAUCCAGCAGCUUGAGUCUGCUCUUCGAAGCACCAAGGGUGAGAUGUCCCGUCAUUUGCGUGAGUACCAGGACCUGUUGAACGUCAAAAUGGCCCUGGACAUUGAGAUCGCUGCUUACAGGAAGCUGCUGGAAGGUGAAGAGUGCCGUCUGAGUACAGUGGGCGGAAAUAUCCUGCAGUCAGGCUACUCUGGCUUCUCCUAUUCGUCCGGCCGCUCCUACGCCCUGGGUUCCUCCGCCCCCUACAGGAUGAGGGGAGCCAAGCCUGAGGAACCAGAGGAGGAGGAGGAUGAGGAAGAGAAGGAGGAAGAGGAAGAGGAGAAUGAGGAGGAAGGAGAGGAAGGAGAUGAGAAUGCAGAGGAGAAUGGAAACGGUGAUGAGGAGGAAGAUGAGGAAGAGGAGGAGGAAGAUCAGAAGAAGAAAGAUGAGAAGAAUGGCAAGGAUGAGAAGGAUGAGAAGAAGGGAGAGAAGGGAAGUGCUCCCAGCAAGAGCACCAAGAGCUAAACUGCUUGUGUCAUCGAUCAUCAAUGCCUUUCGCACUACUACAAUCCACUCAUUCACUCAUAUGGAUCUUAUCCCUUCCCCGUCACCUCAUCUCUGUUUCACAAGGACACACACACAAACACACAGACACACAGACACACACUUACCGUACUCACGCCAGAUGCCUCACACACACAUACCUUCUCCUCUGUUUCUCUGGGUCUCAACAAUCAGCUGUGUGGUGGAAAACAGAAAGACACAUCACAGAGAGGAACAUACCGUUGGUGUAUUACCCUGACAGAAGAUAAACCUGUAGCUACAUUUCCUGAAUAGGGUGCUCGGGAUCCUAUGUCACGGUUUUACACCAUAGAUGAUGGUUAUCACAGAACAGAGAGCAGAGAGAAGGUGCUCAACAUUACGGUAGUAAGCCAGUCAGUCAGUCAGUCAGUAAGAGAAUGCCUUAAAGCAAGUAUGAUGUCAUAUUAAGAGGUCAGGAAUAAUAUUGCCCAGUAACGUCCUUUCUUUAUGUGCCAUUAACGAUAUGAAAUGUGGUGAAGAGCAGUUGCAAUCUUGAAAGUAUUAAUAGGAUCCUGGUAGUAGCACACAGACUACUAUAUGCACAGAGGUCUGGAGCAUACAACUUUAUCAACUUUUACCAGUCCAACUUUUAAAAGGUGCUUUUUGAUUUCGACAAAGAAAAGUUGGAAAUGUCUAGGGAAAUUCAUUGUGGAAAAUGCUUUGUAAACCUUUUCAUGAAUGUUAGUGUAUAAUAUUGGGGACACAGAAAUCCAGAUAAUUCCCGUAGGUGCAAUAAUGUAUUUUGAGCUGCAGACACAAACUGGCACACUGAAUGCUCCUCACUCCUCUUUUUUUCAUUCACAUGUGAAAUAUAUAGAAUGUUCAGUCCAUUGACCCACUUUCUUUUCAUCGCCAGAAAACUAAACAUUUCACCACUCACCUUCCCCCCUCUGUCUGUCACUGCGARGGUCAGAGCUCAGCGAAAUGACAACAUCAUAACUUUUAUUUGGGAGGUUUCUAUUUUCAAAGGUAGGCGAUAAGUGCAUUGUGCAGUGAUUCUUCUGUUUUCAGAAGGGCACCUUUCAGGAAUGAAAAAUUGAGAGUUUUAAAAUGCUACUAUUUAUCACAUUAUACCCUUAUAUUUGAUGUAGAAAUACCCCCUCUUGAUUGAUUCAUUUGUCACUGAAUGGAUAUGCCCUGCCCUGCCCUGCCUUGCCCUGCCCUCCAAGUAAGAUAACUGACUCCAAACCUGAGGUAAAUGUCUUUCCUAGGCCCUUCCUUUCCCACAGAGUCUUGUUUGUUUAAUAUCUUCAGUCUUCUAGUGUUCUGUACCCUGUGAUGUUCUGGCUGGUGGGUUGUUUGACUGGGGGAGUGUGUGUUGUUUGCAUCCCAAAUGGCACCCUAUUCCCUAUAUUGUGCACUACUUUUGAUCAUGGCCCAUACGGCGCUGGCCAAAAGUAAUGCAUUACAUAGGGAAUAGGAUGCCAUUUGAGACACAGCCUGUGGGUCCUUUUAGCAGUGUGCUCUGUUCCAGACAGUGAAGAGGCCCGUGGCUGCUCUAACAGGACAGCUGGGGGUGACAGUGAGUGACAGACAGCCCUUCACUCUGACUGCAGGACCAGUUGGCAGCCGGUCAAGACGCCACUGGGGUCAUGAUUGGUCACAUGGUGCGGAGCCACAGAUAAGGGCUAUUAUCACAAUAUACCCCCCUACCACCACCACCACCACUGCAGUCUGAGAUGGACAGCAACAGUAUGUAUACCCCAGGCAGACAUGUCCUAGCUGCAGGAGAGGGACCAUAAUAACAUAUUGUAAGUUAGCUCUGAUAUGACUGGUGCCAAGCUAUCCAUCUGUGGGUCAGGGUACAGUGACCGUGUGGGUUGGUAUGUAAGGCUUAAAGAAUAGGUGUAAAUGUUAAAGACAGAGACAUGUAUGAUGUACAGUGAUAAAAUGAAUAGUGUUGCAGGAAGUGUGUUCAGGGAAAGAAUAAUAAAUGGAAAAAUACAAAUGGAUAGAGAGCACAGGGAAUUUUUUGUAAGAAUUCAGCCAAUGUAUUUUAGAAUCCUAUACAGCAGUAAAAUUACCUGUCCUCUCCAACAUUUUUGUAAACUUACCGUGGACAAAUGUAUAGCUUGACAGAAUGUUAAAUGUUCUUUUUUGAGACUGCCGCACACUGUGGAAGGCCUUCCUUAACUGUUCUAGAUUUCACAAUUUUUUCCUUUCCUUGAGAAAUGAAUCAAUCGACAAGCAUUGACUGCAUGGCCUGAUUCUUGGAGCAUUAAAACUGGGCAUGGGAUAGAUUUCGCUUGUUGAGUGUAAAAAAAAGAAAUUGCCUUAACCAUGAUCAAAACAAUAAAAAUCGUUUUCACUUGCAUUUCACAUGUUUCCGAGGUGGUUCAGGAGCGUUGAGCGUUCAUUCUGCUAUACUACUGUGACUGUAUGUGCUGCUAUCUCAUGCAGUGGUAUUCCUCCCAAAGCCAAAUAAAGCCAUUUAUUAACCAAACCCUUA